AUGUCACAGAGUCGGCCUGGGUUAUUCCCAAGUUUGCGCAUGGGUGAGGUUAUUCGUGAAAAGGUCCAAGAUGGCCUUACUGGCGAGCACAAGGAGAUCUCGUACACUCAGUGCAAGAUCGUGGGCAAUGGAUCCUUUGGUGUGGUUUUCCAGACCAAGAUGGCCCCCAGCGGCGAGGAUGCUGCCAUUAAGAGAGUCCUCCAGGACAAGCGGUUCAAGAAUCGUGAGCUCCAAAUUAUGAGGAUUGUGCGCCAUCCUAAUAUCGUCGAGCUGAAGGCCUUUUACUACUCUAACGGUGACCGAAAAGAUGAAGUGUACCUCAACCUGGUUCUGGAGUAUGUCCCCGAAACCGUGUACCGUGCCUCGCGCUACUUCAACAAACUCAAGACCACUAUGCCCAUGCUCGAGGUCAAGCUCUACAUCUACCAGCUGUUCCGGUCGCUGGCCUACAUCCACUCCCAAGGAAUCUGUCAUCGCGACAUCAAGCCCCAGAACCUCCUGCUGGACCCUAACACUGGUAUCCUGAAGCUGUGCGAUUUCGGAUCUGCCAAGAUUCUGAUUGAAAACGAACCCAACGUCUCCUACAUCUGCUCUCGUUACUACCGGGCGCCGGAGUUGAUCUUCGGUGCGACCAACUACACAACCAAGAUCGACGUAUGGUCGACUGGUUGUGUUAUGGCAGAGUUGAUGCUGGGACAACCCCUCUUCCCUGGUGAAUCGGGAAUUGACCAGCUGGUGGAAAUCAUCAAGGUUCUUGGCACUCCCACCCGCGAGCAGAUCCGGACCAUGAAUCCCAAUUACAUGGAGCACAAAUUUCCUCAAAUCAAGCCGCAUCCCUUCAAUAAGGUAUUCCGGAAAGCUCCCCCGGAGGCUAUCGACCUGAUUUCGGCACUUCUGGAGUACACUCCCACCGAGCGCUUGUCGGCCAUCGAGGCCAUGUGCCACCCCUUCUUUGACGAACUCCGGGAUCCGGCCACGCGCUUCCCCGAUUCGCGCCAUCACAACAACCCGGCCAAAGACUUGCCAGUUCUCUUCGAUUUCUCGCGGCAUGAACUUUCGAUCGCGCCCGAACUGAAUGAACAAAUCGUCCCUCCUCAUGCUCGUCCGGCCCUGGAAGCGCGCGGCCUUGAUAUCAACAACUUCAAGCCCCUUUCCAAGGAGGAGAUGAUGGCUCAUCUCGACUGA